AUGUUCAAGAAACCAGUCUUCAAUCCCGAAAAGGAGAUUCCCGACCUUAGUGGUCGAGUGAUACUAGUCACAGGAGGCACUGGAGGACUAGGGAGGGAAACAGUCCUCUCCUUCGCGCAGCACAAUCCAGCACACAUCUUCUUCACAGGACGAUCUCAACCCUCGGCCGAGCAGACAAUGCAACUGGCCACACAGAAAGCCCCUCAAACCCCAGUCACAUUCAUAAAAUGCGAUCUAGCAUCCUUCUCCUCAGUCAAGCAAGCCGCACAAGACAUCCUCUCAAAAACAGACCGCCUCGACAUCCUCAACGCCAACGCCGGCAUCAUGGCUUCACCUUCAGGGAUGACAACAGACGGCUACGAAAUCCAAUUCGGCACCAAUCACAUAGGCCACGCAUUGCUCGUCAAACUCCUCACGCCUUUACUUCAGAAGACAGCACAAACCGGCGCCGACGUCCGAGUAGUCUGGGACACAUCACUGGGCUACAAAGCUUCGACCGGCAUAGACUUCUCAAAACUGAAAACGAAACAAGAGGACAUCUCUUAUUUUCUAGCACCGUGGUUCCGCUACGGACAAUCGAAACUUGCGAAUCUUCUCUACGCUCGCGCUUACGCCAAGAAGUAUCCUGAAAUCACUUCAGUAUCGAUACAUCCUGGUGUCUCAGCGACAGGACUUGUGGAAAAUCUCUCGUUCUUCCACAAAGUUUUUGUCUACUCGACCAGUUAUUUCUUGAUGAUUCCUCCAGAGCAGUGUGCCUGGAAUCAGCAGUGGGCUGCUGUGGCGCCGUUGGGAAAGGGACCGAGACAGGUGGAAACGGGAACGUGGUAUGAGCCUGUAGGAUUGAAGGGGAGUUUAACGAAAGCUGGAGCAGACGAUGAGUUGGCCGAAGUGCUGUGGAGGUGGACUGAGAAGGAAUUGCAAGGGUGGGAGUUGUGA